UGCUUGCAGUUAGUGGCUAACCCUGUUUAUAUAUACUAAAUGCCAAUGUGAGCUGACCUCAGCUCUCACCCUGUACAAAACAGUGUAAACCACCAUGGGCAUGGGCUGUGGUUUACUUUGGUCUGUGUUUUCUCCAGGGGGAAGUGGGCAUAGCAGUCUGAUGUACACUCUGAUGUCUACUUGUUUGUGGAGGUUAACUCGACACAAUUUGACUGCUUUCACAGUAUGAUUGUCGGUUAUGAUUUAUGGACGUUUAGAAAUAUUUUAGUAGAUUUGAAGGUCCGGUAACCACUAAGAUAACUGCCUGACUGCAUAUUCUACCUUCACGAAACUGCUAGCAUUUGUACUCAUGUGUACGUGUGAUUACUGUACCAAUUGUUUUAAAAGAGAAGCAGCUUUGGGUGAACAAUAUAUCACUCAUGCGGUGAAGCUUUCCUGCUGUCGGCAAACUUAAUUGAAAAAAAAAAAAAAUUAAGUAUUACAAAGGGUGUGGUUUUAUGAUGUCAUACAGGAAAGCCCAAUGGCUGUUUCAGAUCCUGUGAAUGUGCUAUGUCAUAACAUUUGGCCUGUCUGUGAAAGCAAAGGAAACACUUUUUCUAUCUUGUUCUUUCUCUCGUUCUGCUUCCCACUGUGUCAUAAACACAAACACACACACACACACACACACACACACACACACACACUCAUACAUCGACACAAGCUGAGGAAGUUGUAUAGGAAGCCUUUCUCUGUGCCGUUGAUUUGUGUUGCUAUGAACUCGUUACCGCAAACUUGUCUCCCUCUCUCUCUCUCUCCAUUCUCAGCAUUGAAUAUCCCCCCCAACUCUUCUACAUUUAAGUCUAUGCAGCUUAUUUCUGCACUACUUCAUAAGGCUGAACUUCCUCCUCCUCUUCACAGACGGAGGUUGGUGCUCACCAACAGUUAUCUUGCUUUAGCGCUUUCUGACUCAAAACAGGAAUCUAACGUUGGCCCUCUGUCUGCUCUCCUCAACCCGCUUUUUGAAACCGUGGUUAAAAAAAAAACGUUUCAACCAAAAGGGAAAAUAAGUCUGCACCAAGUCGCGUGUGGUGUUUUUCAGCAUUUGUGGUUUAAUUCUGUCUCAGAUAUAGUCAGCUUUUUAAGCAAUAUUUCCGUUCAAAUUAACACCAUUGACUGAAUCGAGGUUCUGCAGGGUGACACACCAAAGUGUGUUAAUGUUUUCCAGUAAUUAGUCUGUUGUGACUCAAUAUUUAUGGGGUGACACUUUGCUGACACCUGUCUUUGACCCAUAUUAUCUUGAGUUUGUUAAAUGUGAGAGAUAAGAGAAAAUAGCAGCAUUUUAAACAGGUGUAAAACCGAAACACACUUGUGUUUCACGCUUCUGUAUUAUUACUUUUAGUCCUGUACAUUCCAGCUUGAGACUACCCAACAGAGGUGCACAAAAUAGUUUUCCAACUUUUCUCUCUCUUUCUCCUUUCCUUUUUUUUUUUUUUUUUUAACCCUCCCUCAGUCUCCCCAAACAACCCCUUCGAGUUUCUUUGCCCCGGUCCCUUUAUACCAAAAUCCACUCUAACACAACUAAAAAUUCAUUUUGUCUGACCUAAAUCAGAGGGUGUCUGCGCCAUGGGCUUAUUACACAGUGCGCUUAAACUUGUGUUGUGGAGGAGGAUGGGGUAUUAUUAUCUUCCAGCUACCCACCCUGCUAUAAAAACUAGUGGUGCGACAUCUCCACAGCGCAGUGCUGCUGCCCUCCCUCCCUUCCUCUCACUCUCUCGCUCGUCCUACAUGAGCCACACACAACAGUGAGCCUGACUCUUAACUCCACACCAGCCACUCUGCUACACAGACAGACCCAAGAAUCACACUCUGCUCUCCUCUGUUGCGCUGCUUUUGCUUCUCUCCAUUGGAUAUUCCUCCCUGGGUGUUUCUUCUUUUUUUUUUUUUUUUUUUUUCCAUUUUUGUGAAUGGGCAUCCGUGGCCGGUGUGGGGAGCUUGUGAAUGGACUGACUGCCUGGCUGACUGACUGACAGACUGGCAAAGAGAGAGGCAGCUGUGUUUCAAUUAAAAAGGGCAAUGCUGAGAGGUCAAGCGAGGAGCAACAGAGCCUCUUAGUAGUCUGGAAAUACAAAGACACGUGAGGGGAAUCGAGAAACUGAAGAUAAUCAGCAGAGACAGAGAGAGGAGAAUGGUUCAUCACAGAGAAGAGGACCUGAUUGGGAUCCCCUUCCCGAAUCACAGCAGUGAUGUCCUCUGCAGCCUCAAUGAGCAGCGCCGUGAUGGGCUGCUCUGCGAUGUCAUCCUCAUUGUUCGCGACCAGGAGUACCGCACCCAUCGCUCCGUUUUGGCCGCCUGCAGCCAGUACUUCAAAAAGCUCUUCACAGUGGCCACCACUGACGGCGGGGACCACCAUCAAACAGCGGCAGUGUACGAAAUCGACUUUGUGGCUCCGGAGUCUCUCACAGCCAUCCUAGAGUUUGCCUACACUUCUACUCUGACCGUGACGGCGUCCAAUGUUAAAGAGAUCCUGAACGCAGCUCAGAUGCUGGAGAUCCCCUGUAUCAUCAACGUUUGCCUGGAAAUCAUGGACAGCGGGGGUGGAGGCGGUGGAGGAGGACGAGUGGAGGAGGGAGAAGAGGACGAAGAAGAAGAGGAGGAUGCAGAGGAAGAUGAGGAUGAGGAAGAAGAGGAGGAGGAUGAAGAGGAGGACAUGGGGUCCAGGAAGGAUGAGCAGGAGGAGGAGGACAAUGUCAGCGAGAGGUCGCUGCAGUCGUCGGAAAGUAGGGGGGAGCAGACACCACCUGGAGCGGAGGACUCGCCGCCUCCGAGCACCUCCACAUACCACCAGCAGUUUGACCUGUCCUCCCAGUCACAGUCUCCAGACACCAUGAGAGGAAAACAGGAGAGUAUGGAGAGUCGGGCUUUAAAGGAUUUCUCCAUUGAGUCUCUCCUCCAGGAGGGAUUGUACCCCCGUAUGUCGACACUGGACAGGAGGGCCAACUUCUCCCCUCUCCUCCCAGGCUUCUACCCGUCCAUGUGGGCCGCAGAGUUCCCAGCGUUCCCUAAGCAGUUCCUGGACCCCAACCACCACCAGCAUCCCCAUGCAACAGCCUCACCACAAACUAGGCUCCCUCACGCCUUCCCCACCACCGCACCACUUGAGGCCUCCAGGCCCCUCGAUCUAGCUGUGAAAAGAGAGAUCAUAAAGGAGGAGAUGAAAGAGGAAGUUCCGCUUAGUCUGCUCCACGGCAACUUCCUGAAGGAGUUCGUCAGCUCAGGCCUGGGCGGCACCAUGAGCGCUGGGUCAGCGCCUUCAGAGAGCCACGCUCUAGGUCCGAUAAAGGAUGAAGCCGACUUCCGGUCAUACCUGAGCUUCCUGAGCUCUGCGUCCCACCUGGGGGCACUGUUCCCUCCCUGGCAGCUGGAAGAGGAGCGGAAGAUGAAGCCCAAGGCGUCACAGCAGUGUCCAAUCUGCAACAAGGUUAUCCAAGGAGCUGGGAAACUUCCACGACACAUGAGGACCCAUACGGGAGAGAAACCGUACAUGUGCACUAUCUGUGAAGUACGAUUCACCAGACAAGACAAACUCAAGAUCCACAUGAGGAAGCACACAGGUGAGCGUCCCUACAUCUGCCUCCACUGCAACUCCAAGUUUGUCCACAACUACGACCUGAAGAACCACCUGCGUAUCCACACGGGCGUCCGUCCAUACCAGUGCGAGCACUGCUACAAAAGUUUCACACGGUCCGACCACCUACAUCGACACAUCAAGAGGCAGAGCUGCCGCAUCUCCCGCCCCCGGCGAGGACGAAAACCAGCUGCUUGGCGAUCCACACCCACCAGCAAUUUCCUGUGCCCCCCCAGUGCCACCACCAACCGGUUUGAAGAGAACGGGUUAAGCCCCGCAUACCAGGGAGUCAAGAAUCACGGACUUGGGGAGAUGCUCGGCCUCGGCAACAGGGGUCUGGGAUUUAAGAGUGGGGACGGAGCGGUGAGAGAGAACAGGGAGGAACGGCGAGCAGAGGGGAAGCACGUCGCAGAGGAGGAGAAUACAGGAGCAGGGAGGCAGAGGGGAGUGUUUGCCUUCGCCCUGGCUGGAGAAGAAGUGCUUACCCACUCUCCAUUUUAUGCUUCAACCUCUGACCCCUGGACCAUGAGACUGGAGCGUGCUCCACCCAUCCCUGAGCCGGCCAAAUGAACUGUGGUCUAUAGAAGAAAAAACAAAAAAGACAAGAAAGAAAGUCUCUUUAAUCUCUCUGUCUGUUCUGCUCCAGGAAGCUAAAGCACCUUUUUAAAAAGUGAAAGAGUGAGAUCAACGAACCUUUUGAAGCCUGCUGAUGUGACUGUAGUGAAACAGACUUUUAUUUUAUUUCAUUUCAUUUUUGAGAAACACAGUCUAACUAAAAUAAUUUCACAGAUGUCAUGUUGAAUAAUUGUUUCAGCCCUGUGAAUGUUUACAAAUAUUUUGAUAGCAUUUAAAAAAAGCCAAACUGUUUGACACUGCUAAUGAGGAAAGCAUAUCGGAACGCUGUUAUAUAUAUUAUUUGCAUUUAUCUACAAGGCUGUCUGAAAUGCUAUUAAUUCAACUUCAACUACAUAAUUCUACAAUGUCAUCUAAAGUUAGAUGAGAUGAGGCUUUUAUUUUGAAAAGAGUUCAUAUGCAAGAAAAGUAAAGUAAAUCUUAAAAACCCAGAGCAGGACCUAUUGUAAUUGACUGUGAUGAAUGUAAAACAAGUGAUUACAUGUAAAAAAUCCAAUUUAUUGUAGUAAAAGGUUAUUAUAGCAUUUCAGUCUCAUAUUGAAAGGGAAGCGGAGUAAAUGAAUAAAAUACAAUUUAAAUAAAUGAGCCUUCAUCCAAAUAAUCUACAGUGAUUUUUAUUUUGAAUAGUUUAGUUAAAGUGUUCAAAAAAAGACCAGUGCUUUCGAAAAACAAACAUUAAAAAUGGUUUAUUACAGGAGGACGUAGGCUGGCACAUGUCCUGUAAGUACGUUUAAUUAUUUGAUUAUUUAAUAAUAUUCAAAACAAAAACAAAGGGAACCCACUUGAAGUGUAAUAAAUCAGGAUGUUUGGUAAUGUGUUAUUAUCCUUCCACUGCCUUGUUCUGAUUUAAGCUCCUCGUCUGCACUAUUGUACAUAGACACAAACUUUUUGGCCAUGGUGGUGUUAAUUACGGUUUGCGUUGCUGAUGAUGUAAAAAAAAAUUAAAAAUAUAUAUAUAUAAAUAUAUAUAUAUAUAUAUUGCUCUUAAAAGACUUUGAGGCAUCCAUCCAAAGACGUGUACUUUGAUAUUUCACAGACUUGAAUAAGACUUUGUUUUAAUGUUUAUGAAUAUGUGUCAUCAGAGGAUGUAUAUUUCUGACUAAUCAACUGCCGCUUUAGCUAUACAGUAUGCUUGUGUUUUUUCUGCUGCAACAAAUCAAGAGGGUUUCAGCCCUGUUUUUCAUAUAAUGUUCAUCUCUGAUUUGUGUAUAAAGAAGUUCAAAAAUGAUUUGAAUUGAAAUGGGAAAGUAUUUUCUUGCUAUUUAUGCGUAUUUAAAUGAAUGAGCCUUGGCUAUAUUUUGCAAAUCUGUUUUAUAAAGACACUAAAUGUU